CAGAAAAUAUGGGUCAUCCAGAGGAUGAAAGGGUAAGACAUGUACUUUGGUCCGGUAGAAGCUUGCCAGAAGCAAAGUAACGUUACAUCGAGUGAACAUGGCUACCACGGGUCUGUCGGGCCCUCCGCGCCCACAGGUCGUGAUUGUAGGUGGCGGGAUGGCCGGGGUAGCGGCGGCACAGCGACUGGUCCAGGAGGGGCUGACCCACGUCAAGAUUCUGGAGGCGAGGGACAGAAUCGGUGGCCGGAUAUGGACACAGUAUCUGGGUUCAGACAUUCUCGAGUUUGGUGCCAACUGGAUCCAUGGUAGUAUUGGGAACCCCAUCUAUGAGCUAGCCAAGCAGCACAGCCUGCUGAGGGACCAGGAGAAGUCUGACUUGGACACACAAAACAUGAGGGAACUGGAGAACGAGAAAUUCCUUAUGCCCGGUGGAAAGGUUAUAGAUGAAGAUGUGGUGGACAGCUGUCUUCAGGAAUACAAUGAUGUGGUCCAGGAGUGUGAAGCUGUGUUCAAAGAAGGGAGGCCGUCUCAGCCUGGGGACUCAGCAGGAGACUUUCUGAGCAGAGAGUUCCGUAAACAGCUGGCCUCGUCAAACGACAUUGAUGCCGUUAGGUGCACCAAAAUGGCCCUGUUCCAACACUACCUGAAGAUGGAGACCUGCGUCACAGGCUGCCACGACAUGCGGGAAGAAAGUCUGCAGUACUUCGGACAGUACAGAGAACUUGAGGGUGAUCCCUACAAUGACCUUUCUGGAUACAACAUGAUCUUAGACCUCAUCCUGAAAACCAUUCCUCCAGACUGUGUUUCGUACAAUAAGAAGGUCCAGUGCAUCCAGUGGAGAGAAGAAGGAAAGAAGGGGUCUGAAUCUGCUCACCCUGUAGAAGUGGAGUGUGAAGAUGGAGAGGUCCUCACAGCUGACCAUGUGAUAGUGACAGUGCCCCUCGGCUUCUUGAAGAAAAACUGCCAGACUCUGUUCCAGCCUCCUCUCCCAGAAGAGAAGCUGGCUUCCGUAGAGAGGAUGGGGUUUGGUGUUGUCAACAAAAUCUUCCUCACCUUCCAGCAGCCCUUCUGGGACACAGAGUGUGAGGCUCUUCACCUGGUUUGGGACCAAGACCAAAGUAACACCAAGGCCCCUGAGGAGUGGUACAAGAAGACAUAUGCCUUCUAUAUUGACAGCAAGGCCCCCAACACCCUGCUGGGCUGGAUCACAGGGAAGGAAGCUGAGUACAUGGAAACACUGAGUGAAGAGGAAAUCUCUAACACCUUCGUCAGCCUUCUGAAGAAGUUCAUGGGGAAAGAGGACAUCCCCAAGCCUGUGAGAACGAUGAUCACCAGGUGGGGCAGUGAUGCCCUGACCUGUGGCUCCUACUCCUACAUACACGUGGGGGAGAAGGGAGACGACAUCAACACUGUAGCAGAGCCUCUGUACAGAGAUAACACUGAAGUCCCACUAGUGCAGUUUGCAGGGGAGGCCACUCACAGUGAGUUUUUCUCCACUGUUCAUGGAGCAUACCUGACAGGACAGAGGGAGGCCAACAGGCUGCUGAACCUGUAUGUGAACAUGGCUACCACGGGUCUGUCGGUCUCUCCGCGCCCACAGGUCGUGAUUGUUGGUGGCGGGAUGGCCGGGGUAGCGGCGGCACAGCGACUGGUCCAGGAGGGGCUGACCCACGUCAAGAUUCUGGAGGCGAGGGACAGAAUCGGUGGCCGGAUAUGGACACAGUAUCUGGGUUCAGACACUCUCGAGUUUGGAGCCAACUGGAUCCAUGGUAGUAUUGGGAACCCCAUCUAUGAGUUAGCCAAGCAGCAUGGCCUGCUGAGGGACGAGGGGAAGCCUGUAGAUAUCGACUUGGACACACAAAACAUCAGGGAACUGGAGAACGAGAAGUUCCUUAUGCCAGGUGGAAAGGCUAUAGAUGAAGAUGUGGUGGUUAGCUGUCUUAAGAACUACAAUGAGGUGGUCCAGGAGUGUGAAGCUGUGUUCAGAGAAGGGAGGCCAUCUCAGCCUGGGGACUCAGCAGGAGACUUUCUGAGCAGAGAGUUCCGUAAACAGCUGGCCUCGUCAAACGACAUUGAUGCCGUUAAGUGCACCAAGAUGGCCCUGUUCCAACACUACCUGAAGAUGGAGACCUGCAUCACAGGCUGCCACGACAUGCGGGAAGAAAGUCUGCAGUACUUCGGACAGUACAGAGAACUUGACGGGGACCACUACAACAACCCUUCCGGAUACAACGUCAUCUUGGACCUCAUGCUGAAAACCAUUCCUCCAGACUGUGUUUCUUACAGUAAGAAGGUCCAGUGCAUCCGGUGGAGAGAUGAAGGAAAGAAGGGGUCUGAAUCUGCUCACCCUGUAGAAGUGGAGUGUGAAGAUGGAGAGGUCCUCACAGCUGACCAUGUGAUAGUGACAGUGCCCCUCGGCUUCUUAAAGAAAAACUGCCAUACUCUGUUCCAGCCUCCUCUCCCAGAAGAGAAGCUGGCUUCCUUAGAGAGGAUGGGGUUUGGUGUAGUCAAUAAAAUCUUCCUCACCUUCCAGCAGCCCUUCUGGGACACAGAGUGUGAGGCUCUUCAUCUGGUUUGGGACCAAGACCAAAGUAACACCAAGACCCCUGAGGAGUGGUACAAGAAGAUGUAUGUUUUCUACAUUGACAGCAAGGCCCCCAACACCCUUCUGGGCUGGAUCUCAGGGAAGGAAGCUGAGUACAUGGAAACGUUGAGUGAAGAGGAAAUCUCCAACACCUUUGUCAGCAUUCUGAAGAAGUUCAUGGGGAAAGAGGACAUCCCCAAGCCUGUGAGAACGAUGAUCACCAGGUGGGGCAGUGAUGCCCUGACCUGUGGCUCCUACUCCUACAUACACGUGGGGGAGAAGGGAGACGACAUCAACACUGUAGCAGAGCCUCUUUACAGAGAUAACACUGAAGUCCCACUAGUGCAGUUUGCAGGGGAGGCCACUCACAGUGAGUUUUUCUCCACUGUCCAUGGAGCAUACCUGACAGGACAGAGGGAGGCCAACAGGCUGCUGAACCUGUAUGGUAGCAAGUAGUGAGAACAGGACUGGGAGGAAGAUAGGGAUAGGAAACUGAAAAGAUGGGAGGAUAAUAUCAGCAAAUUACUUAGUGAAACAUUAAGAAGAAUAGAAAACCUAGCAUGGUGAAAGUAAUUUGUUGUCAGAUCUUUUGUGGUGCCCCAACAGUGGACUAAGGAUAGAUGAGAUGAGAAUAGGACUCAGGGAAAUCAUGAAAUGUAACUGGCUUGAAAGAAAUGUACCUACAAUUUUCUUCGCAAUAUGUUGUUAGAAAAACUAGAUGUCUGACACUGAAGGUUUCAUACUGUUGAUUUUAUAUAGUUACAUAUAUCAUGAUACUUAUUACUUGAGAUAAUGAGAUGUCAAUAUUUCUGUCCUUUGAGAUACACAGAUUAUUUUAAUGAGCUUGUAUUUUAAAG